AUGAUUAAAUGCCCAGUUUGUUUCUGCGACGUUCAUAUAAAUGAAUGGAAACUACACAUAAAAAAAGCACACUUUGGUGAUGAAAAUAUUCUUAUUGGAAAAUGUCUAAUGGGCAGUUGUUUAAAUAAGGAUACAAAAAAUGCUAGAGGAAUGAAAUUAAAUCGGUAUUUUUAUCAUUUGGAGCAAUAUCAUGGAUUAAUUAUAACUAGAAAAAGACCUUUUAGAACUAAUCAAUUGAAUUACUCAAAUAAUACAAAUGAGAUUGAUGAUAAUAAUUUAAUUUCCACUGCAGAUAAUAAUGAAGAUGAAUUUGAUGGUGAUUUUAAUAUUGAUAAUGAAGAAAUUGAGUCUGUUAUUCCAGAAAUAGAUUUUUUAUCCAUAAAUGAUUAUGAUCCAGAAAAACUUCUUGCAAACAUAUUCAUAAAACAUAAAUGCAACAGUUCUCUUAUGCAAGAUAUUGAAAAUGUUAUAAAAAUUAUAAUAAUGCAAAGUAGAGAUAAAGUUUCAAGUUUUGUUGAAACAAAUCUUUUAAACAAAAUUAGUCCUAGUAAAGAAGAUAUUAAGUAUGUUGAUUUAGAUCCUGAUGAAAAAAUUAGUGGAUUUACUACAAAUGAUCCUAUUUUAAUAGAGGAUGAAAUUAAACAGAUAAAAGAAAAAAGAUUAUACACUGUUAAUGUUUCCAAAGUUGUAGAGAAUUUUUGUAUCCGUAAUGAACUUAAUUUUGACAAUGGAAAAAUAGAUAUUGUUUUAUACAUGGAUGAAAUUCAACUUAGAAAUCCUCUUAAACCAUCAGCUUCUUUCAGUUAUAUAAUGAAUAUUUCUUUUAAAAUACUUCAUUUUAAAACAAUAAAAUCAUCUAAGUUGACGUCUAUAUGCCCUUUUGGAUUCAGUAUCUCUGCAACUACUAAAAUGGAAAAGUAUAAAAAACUUAUAGCUACAAUUUUGAAAAUAAUUAAAAAUUGCAAACUUACUUUAAAUGGUGUAGAACAUAUUCUCAAUGUUAAACAUGUUGCAGGUGAUAAUUAUAUGCUUGGUUAUUUUUUUCAAACAGAUAUUAGCUUUGGAUCCCUUUCAUCAAAUAGUUGUCGAUUGUGUAAGCAUCAUGGAAAUACUUGGCACCUUUUAAAUAGAAUAUCGGCUAAUGAUAAUGAAUAUUUGCGUGUUGAAUCUACAAAUCCUAAUCUUCCAUUAGAAUUAAGUUACACUGUAGAUGCUCUCCAUGACAUUGAGGAAGGGUUGAUUGCGUAUGCAAAUGUUGUUAUUUUAAAUAUUCUUGUUAAUAUUUAUGGAGUUAAUGAGUAUGAAAUUGAAAAUUACGCAAUUAAAUAUGUGAAAGAAAAUAAACUCACAUAUAUAAGGAAAUCAAUAACUGGAAUAAAAAUAAAAAAUAAAAUUAGCCCUCUCUCAAAUAAUAAGUGUAUCCAAAGGAACAAAUUUUCAAUGUCUGGGGCACAACAAGUAUCUCUUUUGAAAACUUUAAUAUCUUUUAUAAAAAAAAAUAGAAGAUUAUUUUGUUUAUCAAACAGCAAUAUUUUUAUUGCUUUACUUUCUUUUGCUGAAAGUUUAAAAGAAAUUCAAGUAAUAACAUCAUCUCAUGGAUUAACAGAUGACGAUAUUCAUAAACUUGAAGAAAAUAUUGAUAUUUAUUUUAAUGCUAGGCCAGUUUUAAUCCAUGAAAACUAUGAUAUAACGUUAAAAGAACAUCUUAUUUUACACUAUCCAGAAGUUUUUAAAAAAAACCAAACUGAUUUUACGGUAUUUUCAUCAAAAAGAUUCGAAAGUUAUAAUAAAGUUAUUAAAAAUCUUCUUGCAACAAGUGUAAAUUAUAAAAAUAUUCCCUAUUCAUGUGCAAAAAGAGCAAUGACUUUGGAAAAUUGUUAUAAUAUAAUAAAACCAAAAAUAUAA